AGCAGCAGCAGCAGCAGAAGAAGAAGAAGAAGAAGAAGAAGAAGAAGAAGAAGAAGAAGAAGAAGAAGAAGAAGAAGAAGAAGAAACGGCCACGAUGAGCACUGGUGACGCUGUGUGCAUGGGCUGGCUCGUCAAGUCGCCUCCCGAGAGGAAGCUGCAGCGCUAUGCUUGGCGCAAGCGCUGGUUUGUCCUCAGGCGGGGCCACAUGAGUGGCAAUCCUGAUGUCUUAGAGUACUACCGCAACAAGCACUCCAGCAAGCCCAUCCGUGUGAUAGACCUCAGCGAAUGCACUGUGUGGAAGCAUGCAGGCCCUGGUUUCAUUAGGAAGGAAUUUCAGAACAAUUUUGUGUUCAUUGUCAAGACCACUUCCCGUACAUUCUACCUAGUAGCCAAGACUGAGGAAGAAAUGCAGGUGUGGGUACAAAACAUCAGUCAAGUUUGCAAUUUCAGUCAUCUGGAAGAUGGUGCAGCAGAUUCUAUGGAGAGUCUCUCUCACAUGCCCUCCUCCCUCCAGCCAUCCCCUGCCAGUUCAUUUCAUACUGUCCAUGUUGCCAACUCUGCCUUGCGAAAAGAUGACCGAAACACUAAUACUGUAUACACUGAGGAAACCAGAAGUAAGCCAGAGUUUCUCUUUCGUCCUGAUUAUCUGAUUCUGUCCAACUGUGAGACUGGAAGACUACACCAUGCCAGUCUUCCCACCAGAUGUGAUAGCUGGUCAAAUUCAAACCACUCAUUGGCACAGACUUCAUUUGAUGAUGUAUUUCUUGAUGGUCUACAGCCAUUUACCUCUAAUAAUUUUGUCCCUCCUUUGCACCAUGGGAAAGUAUCUCAGGAAUUUCCUUCCAUAAGGCCCCAGGCUUCUUUAAUCUGGAAUAGAGAAAUCAAUGGCCCAUCCAGGAACCGUGUGUCUUCUUCACCAUUGCUGGAAUCUCCCUUAAAUACCAAAGUUCAUCUAGAAGGAAAGCAAGUUUCCUUACCCAGUAGGGUAAAAGAACUAAACAUUAUGUCUAACACUCCACCUCCUCGUCCCCCUAAACCAAGUUAUCUCUCUGAACAUCGCCAAGAUCAGCCCCUGUUGACUGGGAACAGCAGUAACAAGAAGACAGGGUGCACUAUGGUGCCAAGAAGAAUCUCUCUCUCUGGGUUAGACCAUGUGGGGUCCUGGAAAGGUGAUGUACAAAGCCAGUCCUUAAGACUCCGAAAUAAGCGGCUAAGUUUAAAUCUGUCACAUAAGUGUUCACCGAUAUAUCUCACAGCUUCAACCAGUGCUGAAGACAGCUAUGUGCCCAUGAGCCCCAAAGGCACUACUUCUGAACUUAGAGCCCACUACAGCCAGGAUGACUACAUUCCAAUGAGCUCAAGCAUACUGCCUGAGUUACCUUCAGACUUGGAGCCACCGCCAGUGAACAGAAAUCUCAAGCCCCAGAGAAAAUCACGGCCACCUUCUUUGGACCUGAGAAACCUUUCCACCAUCCGAGAACACACAUCUCUAACCAGGACUCACACUGUGCCUUGCAAUCAAACCAGCCUUCUCUCUCCACAAAGAAAUCAUAUUAAUUGUGCAAGAUUUUUUGCCACUCCUUCUGAAAAAGAAGAAGAAGAAGAAGAAGAAGAAGAAGAAGAAGAAGAAGAAGAAGAAGAAGAAGAAGAAGAAGAAGAAGAAGAAGAAGAAAGCUACAUUCAAAUGGAGGAAUACAGAACAGUCAAUUCCCUGAGUAGCAGUGCUCUUACUUGGACAAAGAAAUUCAGCUUGGAUUAUUUGGACCUGGACUUCAAUUCAACAUCACUAGCCCCUGUGCAGCAGAAACUUCUCCUUUCAGAAGAGCAGAGAGUAGACUAUGUUCAAGUGGAUGAACAGAAGACACAAGCUCUCCAGAGCACCAAGCAAGAAUGGACUGAUGAGAGGCAAUCCAAAGCAUGAGGCUUGGGCAAAGUGUGCAACAGAGAAGCUUGGGAAUACAUUUGCAAUUUUUUUCAUUAAAAACAAACCAGUGGUCAGUAUGGGAAAAACCAACAGUAAAUGUGUGGUUUGGGGGUUUCUUGGCAAAAACCUUUAGAAAACACCUUGUAUGUUGAGUUCAAGGAGUCUAGUCCCCAAUAUGGCAGAGGGUCAUUUUUUUCAGCAUCAGGGAUGCUUGCCAUCAAUUCCACAGUCAGGGAGAAAGAGAAAGAGAAUGCUCGAGUCAAAGAUAGAAAUGUAUUUUUAAAAUGUCAUUUAUUCAGGCUGUGUAGAAACAACAGCAAUGAUUACAAAAAAUGUUUUUCCAAAUACUCUGUUAAAGUUUUGUCAAAUAAAAUAUUUAGAGCAAAAUUUGCAGUCAGUAAUUGAUACCAACAAGUUUACAUCAUUUGCCUUCGGUAUUUGAAGUUAUGUCCUAUCUCCUACACCUUGCUCAUAAUAAUAAAUUAUCCUAGCAAAGAGGAUAUGGAGAUUGUCUUGCCACAAUCCCUGAAGACAUAGUUGAGGAGAUCAUGUCUAGCAAAGGUGGUAGUUACUCUUAAAUCUUUACACCAAAUAUUUCAUUGGGCCAAUCACUUAUGUUCCCAAUGCAGUACAAUUCCAGUGAUGGGGUAAUGGAUCUGUCUAGAUAUUGCAAAAGUUGAAGUAUAACUCCUCAUAAAGAUUCCAUGAUGAGCAUAUCAGAUGACAUUAGUAUCAAUGAAGACACGACUUCAGUUUGCUAUUCUGUUGCUGUUGCCUGUCACUCAGGACGCCAACUUUAGUAAAGAGCAAUGUACUAUAAGAAAGGGCUGUGCUUCUAAUCAAGGGCCUGUGUUUGUCCUAGGAAUUAUAGCAGAGACCGUUUUGAGUCAAAUGCACAUGGCUUCAGCUGUAUACUGUUCAAUAGACACUUUACUGAGGACUCUAUGAUCCAAUUGAAUAGGACAGUACUGUUAUUAAUUUCACUCUGUUUUCUGUAGCUCCUUUCUAUUUUAUUCCCAGUGCAGAAUGGGGAACAGGAAGCCUUAAGUCUGCAAAUUGGGAAAGCUGCAAAUGCAGAAACAGUGAGUAGUUAAGCUUUCCUUAGGGAAGAAGGAGGCCUGAGGCACAAAUAGCCUGCCUAUAAAGGUACAAAGCAACCUACCUGUAGAUGCCUCACGAUAGAGCUGGAAUUACCUGAACCAUUGUGACCUUUGUUCAGUAUCCAAACUGAAUAAGCCCCAUAAGCAUUCUUCUUCUUAAUGAUCUCCCUAGUUCCUCCACUCAUAUCAUCUCUGUACCAACAAUGAUAUUGAUUUUUAAAUUUUAUUUCACCUUUACUAUUUCAUUUCUGGCAUUAAUAAAAGUUUUAUAAGGAGGAAUUGUGACUGAAGU